AUGGGGGCCCCCCAGGUAGCCCUUUGUCGGCUGCAGCUGCUGCUGCUGCUGCUGCUGCUGCUGCCUUUUGCUGCAGCAGCAGCCCCCGACUCCCCCGAUGGGGCCCCUCACUUUAACCCCACGGCCAGUCUCCUGGCGCUGCUGCCCCAACCCACAUCAGCAGCAAAACCUCCACAGGGGCCCCCUGCGGCUUCCGAGGCCCUCAGCUGGGCCCCCCUGCUUGCAGCCCUUCGCGUGGCCCAGCAGAAGCCCCACGCUACCCAGAAUGGGCCCCUUGGGGCCCACGAGGGGCCCCUUGGGGCCCACGAGGGGCCCCUUGGGGCCCACGAGGGGCCCCAAGAGUUCCAUGAGGGGCCCCAAGGGGCCCACGAGGGGCCCCACGGGGCCCACAGGGGGGCCCAAGAGGCUCAUGAGGGGCCCCAGGGGGCCCCCGAGGAGGCCCAAGAGGCCCCCGUGGGGCCCCAAGGGCACCACGAGGGGCCCCCAGAAGCCCACAAGGGGCCUCAGGGGGCCCACCGGGGGCCCCCCGGUGCCCACGAAGGGCCUCAGGGCCCCCCGGAGGUGCGCGGCACAGCUCAGGAGGGGCCCCAAGUGAGGGUCCGGGGGCCCCCAGAGGCCCCGCGGGGCCCCCCGAAAUCCCCGGAGGGGCCCCCGGGGCCCGGGGGGCCCCCGCGAGGGCCGGAGGGGCCCCCCGACUCCGCUUUCGGGGCGAAUGGUCCGAGGGGGGCCGCUGCUGCUGCUGCUGCUGCUGCUGCUGCUGUAAAUGACUGGAGUGCUGCAGAGUGGGUGCAGCUGCUGAUGGAGGGCCAGCGGCUGCAGCUGACUGGCAAGCUGGUGGGCAAGGUCACCCCCAGCCCCCCCGUGCUGCUGCGGCCGCAGGCAGCAGCUGCUGCAAACGGGGCCCCCACGCGGCCAGCAGCAGCAGCAGCAGCAGCAGCAGCAGCAGCAGCAGCGGCGGCAGGGGAGGUGCAGCAGCCUGCACUACUCUCGGGAUUCGAGGGCCCCUAUGAAGGGCAGCAGCAACUACAGUGCUGUAGGAGGGGCCCCCGGGAGGCCCCCAGCAAAGUCCAGCUGGUGGUCCAUGUGGAAAUGCUGCAGCCGGGGGCCCCCGUCCUGUACGCCUUUCGCUGGGGCAAGCCAGCUACGUGGACGGAGUACGACUACAAGCUAGUGGUUCAGGAGGAAGGGGUCUACUCUGUGGAGCUGCGGGAGCCGCUGCUGUUCCCCGAGCACCGGCAGCCCCACUUGCUGCAUGCAGAGGGCCCCAGCGUGGGGGGCCCCAUGUUGCUGCGGGAGAGCCUGGGGGCCCCCGGGGCCCCCGAGGGGGGCCCCCUUGCUGCUGCUGCAGGGCCCCAUGGGUUCAGGCGUCUCGAGGGGGCCCAAGGCUGCAGGGUAUUUGCAGGAGGGGCCCCAGGAGGGGCCCCCAGAUUUGCUGAGGAGCUGGGGGGCCCCCACAGGAGGCCUUCAGCCACCCCCCUUUAUUACUUAAUGCAGUUCUCGCCUCCCCGGAGGCCCCCCAGAGAUAGCUUUAGGCCCAUGAGCUUUAUGCAGCAUUCUCUUUGUCUGGUCUACUCGGGGCCCCCCAUGCUGCAGCUGCUGAGCAGCAGCGGCCCCAGAGAAGAAGACCCCGAGCUGCAGCAGCUGCAGCAGCUGCAGCAGCUGCAGCAGCUGCAGCAGCUGCAGCAGCUGCAGCAGCUGCAGCAGGAGGCGGGUCUGGCUGCGGGCAGCAGUCAGGGGCCCCCAGAAGCAGCAGCAGCAGGGGCCCCCGUAAGCAGAAGGCGCAGGGGCACUGCUGCAUGCACCAGGGUCUCCCAGCUGCCCUUCACUGAGGGGCCCCCAGGGGGGCCCCCCCCCCCUUCAAACCCCAGCAGCAGAAAGGCGCGCAGCUCUGUGGGGGCCCCUGGGGAAGACUGGGGGCCCCCGGGAAGCAGCAAAGGCUCUGGGGGGCCCCCCGAACUGCUUGCUGAGGCAGACUGCAGCAAUCCAUACUCUGAGUUUGUUUACUACAGCGACCCUCUGAGCUUCAGCAGCAAACUUCGAGACCCCUUGGAGGCCCAGCAAGUCUGCAGCAGGGCUUUCGGGGGCCCCGAAGCUUCAGAGGCCCUUAGGGCCCCACACGAGGCUGCGGGGGCCCCUCAGGGGGCGAGCUUCAGCAGCAGCAGCAGCAGCAGCAGCAGCAGCAGCAGCAGCGGCAGCUGCAGCAGCACAGUCACGCAUGCGCUGGCCGGCACCCGGGGGACCUCGCGGCAGCUGCUGCGGGCCCCCUCCCUGACCCUGGGGUGGCAGCAGCUAAUCUUGCACUUCAACGAAGACCAAGAGGGGCCCCCCAAAGGGCCCCCUUCUUGGGGGCCCCCCGUUGGGGGGCCCCCCCGGGCCACCCCUGAUGCAGCAGCAAUAUGGGACUUGAUGAGGACUGGGCAGAGCCCCUGCGCGCUGCUGAGCUUCAGAGGAAUGGAGCCGGGGGGCCCCCCUUCGAGGGGCCCCGGCGAGCCUGCUGCUGCUGCUGCUGCUGCAGGGGGGGCCCCCGUUGCUGCAGCAAACUCCUGCGCUGCGUUUGCUGCAGCGCUGCAGGCUGGGGUCUUCACAGCUGAGGCCCUCGCGAGUCCCUACGGGGCCUCCUGGCCCCUGCCUGAGGCCCUGCUGCCUCCAGAACUCUUAAGUGCUGCAGGCUCAGUGCUGUACCGAGUCAAGCUGCUGUCCCCGGCCUCCCUGCAGCCCCUGGAGCCGCAGCAGCAGCAGGAAGCAAGCUGGCAAAGGCUGCAGCAGCAGCAGGAGCAGCAGCAGCAAGCUGCAGUGCCCAUUCCGCAGGUGGAGCCACUGCAGCAGCCCCUCGGACAGCAGCAGAAGCAGCCGCAGCAGUUGCAGCAGCAGCAGCAGCAGCAGCAGCAGCAGCGCAGCAAGCUACGCCACGGGACUGGCGAGCUGUGGGUGCUGCACCAGGCCUUCGAGAUUCGCGAGCCUGGCUAUGGCGAAUGGCGCCUGGCCAUGCGAAAGCUCAAGGGGGCCCCGGGGGGCCCCCCGGGGGCCCCGGGGGGCCCCCCGGGGGCCUCGGGGGGCCCCCCAGGGGCCCUGCAAGCCUCCAGCUCUGACGUUGUGACUCUCUUUGCCUUGCAGCGGGCCUGCAAGUCUGUCUUUGCCGAGGCCUCAAGACGCUCCAGAGAGGCCCUGGCCCGGCCGCUGCUGGGGGGGGCCCCCCUGAAGGGCCCCGUGGGGGCCCCCGUGGGGGCCCCCGUGGGGGCCCCCGUGGGGGGCCCCCAAGGGGCUCUGGGGGGCCACAGUCCCACAGGGGAGCUGGCUGAGGGGGCCCCUGCUGAGGGUCUAGAAAGCGGAGAGCAGCAAGGGGCAAGCAGCAGCUUGCAAGCAGCAGACAAGGCUCAUGGGGGCUAUCAUUUGGGGGCCCCUGGAGAUGAACUUGCUGCAGCAGCAGCAGCUGUGGUUCCCAGCAGCAGCGCCCGGGCCUCUGCUGCAGCAGCAGACUCUGCUGCAGCAGCAGAUGAGAUGCAAGGCAUCAAGGGAGACUGCAUGUGGUGCAGCAGAACUAUUGCAGCAUUCACAAGCCUCUCAAUAUUCCGGCCCAAUGACUUAGAUGUCUUUGUUGCAGUGGGGGCCCCCCCCGGGGCCCCUGUGGCCCUGGGGGUCCAUUCAGCUGCUCAUACUUCAUCUGCAGCAGCAGAAGCGCGGCGGCUAAGUGCUGCAGCACCUAGUGCUGCAGCAGCUAGUGAUGCAGCACCUAGUGCUGCAGCAGCUAGUGCUGCAGCAGCUAGUGAUGCAGCAGCUAGUGCUGCAGUAGCUAGUGCUGCAGCAGCUAGUGCUGCAGCAGCUAGUGCUGCAGCAGCUAGUGCUGCAGCAACAGAGGCAGCGGAGGAACUGGAGGCCCCCUGGAGCCCUGUGGGGCCCCCUGCGCUUACCUCGCUCUCUCUAACCCCUGCUGCAGUGUCAGGGGGUCGCCGGCUUUCUGUGGUGAUUGACUUGACACCUUUUGCUGCCUCUCAGAAGCGGCAGUGCUCCCCCCUGCCAACUGCGCUGCAGCAGCAGCAGCAGCAGCAGCAGCAGCAGCAGCAGCAGCAGCAGCAGGCUGGUGCUGCCCCCACACUCCGCCACCGCCGCCUGUACUCCUACGCACUCGCCGUUCUUGUCACAAGAGAUGCUGUGCUUUCGCAGGCCCCCCAGUGGUGGGCAAAGCAGCAGCAGCAGCAGCAGCAGCAGCAGCAGCAGCAGCCAGCCAGCGCUGGCCGCGGGGAGCAGCACAGCUCUGCUGCUGCUGCGCCUCAAAGGCGGGCUUUGCUGCGGCUGCCUAUUGUGUGUGAAGACUCGCGCGACGGCGGCGACAGCCUCGUGGGGGGCCCCCCCGGGGGGCCCCCCGUGGGGGCCCCUGGGGGGCCCCCCGAGCAGCUGGGGGCCCCCCGGGAGGCUGCUGCAGCAGAGGUUGCUGCUGCUAAACUCGGCAGCAACCCCUGGAUAGUCGAGGCCGAGAUGCUCCCCCCGGACUUCAGUUUGCUGCCAACAACUUAUGUGCUGCAGUGGCAGCUGCUGGAGAAGCAGGAAACUGCAGCAGGCCAAGGGCAGCAGCAGCAGCAACUGCGGGGGCCUUCAGAGGCGGACCUCAGAGUCAACCUCCACGCUUCAUCUCAAGUUUCGCGACUGUGCAGCCAGCGGUGCCCGGAGCAGAGUUCCUGCGCGAUCACGGAGCGGCUCGACGGCUUCGCCGUGUUUGGCUGCCGCUGCGCCUACGGCUUCGGCGGCGAAGACUGCGCGGCGGAGCUGCUGGGCCGCUGGCUGCGGGGGCUGGCGCAGGCGCUGUUGGUGUUGUCGAACUUGGCGCUGCUGCCCAGCGGCUUGCUGUGUCUGCGGCUGGCGCUGCGGCACCUGGGCUUCCCGGGGGGCCCCCCUGCGUGCGCGCGCUGCUUCGCGGGGGGCCCCCCGAGCAAGCUGGGGGGCCCCCACGCCACCUGCAACACCCACGCCUGCUGCCUCCUCUACGCCGCCAGGGCACUCGCCUACUUCAGCGCCUCGAGGCACCAGCAGCCGCGACGUCCCUCGCAGCAGCAGCAGCAGCAGCAGCAGCGUCAGUGUAGACCGUACCAGCAGCAGCAGCAACAACAGAAGCAGCAGCAGCAGCAGCGUCAGUAUAAGAAGCGGCAGCAGCAGGAGCAGCAGCAACAGGAGCAGCAGCGUCAGUUUCUGUGGUCUGCGCUGUACCACUCGUGCGUGGACGCGACGGCGCGGCUGCCGAUUGAAGCGCCGCUGCUGCAGCGGCUGGACUUUCUGUUUUCUUACUACGUGCUGUUCGUGACUGCUGCUGCAGCAGCAGACGUGGGGUCUGUGGCAGUGGAGCUGCUGCUGCUGCUGGCCGUGCUGCUGCUGCUGGCCUUCCAGUGGCUGCCCGAGACCUUCGCACCCCUACACGCUGUUUGCUUCGUGGCUGCAUGCGCUGCACUGCCAGCCCUCAGUCUGGGCCUGAAGGCCUUCGCCAUUGGCUGCGCAGCGCGCGAGGCGGAGCGCCGCCGCCAGCGGCUGUUGGAGCCGCUGCAGGAGUGGCAGCCGCAAGACAUCAAGUGGCUGGAGAGCCCCCGGGGGGCCCCUGGGGAGGGCCCCGGGGGGGCCCCCCUGGGGGCCCCGGGGGGCCCCCCGGGGGGCCCCCAGGGGGGCCCCCAGGGCCCCGAGGAGGUCCUCAGUGCCCACCACCACCACGGCGAGCUCCAGCUGCUCCUCAGACACAAAAUGGAAGAGGCCCGCGAGCGCAUUUGCCUCGAGGCCUUGGCCCAGGCCAUAGCCCGCCUCGAGGCCUGCAGGAAGUGCCGCGUGGAGCUCUGCAGCUGCCCCGCGGGCUCCCGCCGCAGCUUCCUGCAGGCCCUGGCCUUUUGCUGCACAGCUGCAUGCAAGGCUGUGCUUCCGGGGGCCCCCGAGGGGCCCCUGCUCGCCGCCAGCGCCCCCACGGACCUCCGGCGCGGCCUCCCGGGGGGGCCCCCCAGCUGGGCCACUUGCCUGGGAAUUGCUGCCACCGAAACUGCCCCCCGCUUGGAGUUCCUCGGCCUUGGUCUUAUUCUCGCGGCCGUCGGCGUGGGCUGCUUCGGCGUGGGCGAGGGCAGCGACCACUACUGGCUGCUGCACUCCCUGUGGCACGUCUUCAUCCAGCUGGCCACUUGCUGCAUCUUGCUGGCGCUGCUGCAGCACCCGCUGCUGCAGGAGCUGCGGAAGCAGCAGCAAAGCGAGCAGCAGCCCCCGCUGGGGGCGGAGUGCUGCUGCACCCCCACGCGCUCCCUCAGCGAAGCCAUUGCUUCUGGGGAGGACCUGCAGGCUGCAGCACAGGCCGAGGAGGCCCUGCCGAGGCCCCUAGCUGCUGCCUUCUGGCGAGUGCUGCAGCAAAGCCAGCUGCGGCUGGUGGCUCUCCAGUUCGAGGGGCAGGGCCCCUACUUGGCUCAGUCUCAAGGGGGGCCCCCGGGGGGCCCCCCCCGGGCUUUGUACGCGGGGGGCCUCCAGUCCUUGCUGGGGGUGAUGACUCCUGCGCACAACCUGGAGCAGCUGCUGCCGGUGUUCACGCGCUUGCUGCUGCUGCAGCACGGCGCGCACAAGCGGCACCGGCGGGCAGCGCAGCAGCAGCAGCAGCAGCAGCAGCAGCAGCAGCAGGCGGAAGGCGGCAGGCCGCUGCCCUCGCCCGCCUUCGCAGACGAAAGCCUCGUAAGGCUCGGCACUGCUGCAGCAGUCGCUGCAGAAACUCUUUCGCCGCAAACGACUGAGGCCAACAGCCCCACAAGCUCGGAGAGUUCUGCUGCCAGCGAACUCAGCGAAGCUGGCUGCCUCUGGGGCCCUCUUCGCGCUGCUCUUCCCCGGCUGCAGCAGCAGCUGCAGCAGCAGCUGCAGCUGCAGCUGCAGCAGCAGCAGCAGCAGCAGCUGCUGCAGCUGCAGCAGCAGCAGCUGCAGGAGCAGCUGCAGCAGCAGCUGCAGGCGCGGCGCAGCUGCGCAGCCUAUUUGGCCAAGUACGUGGCAAAGGGCCCCACACCCUCAUAG